AUGAACCUUCCUGCCCUGCUCUUGGGCAUAGGCUGUCUUCUAUCAGCCUUCCAGAACGGCCUGGCGGCGCCAGAGGUCGAGUUCCCAACCAUUCAUCUGCGGACCCGUCAAAUUGACACAAAGGAGGAGUUUAUGAGGCACCAGCGGCGGCUGCUGGGCGAGGCCGCACUGCCCGCGCCGCCCACUCCCCGCCACCACACCGCCAGCCCGGCCUGGGGCGCGCUGCGCGGCGCGCGCCAGUGGCUGCUCACGCACCGCCCCGACCUGAGCCAGCCGCAGCAGGCGGCGGUGGUGGCGCACAUAGAGGCGGCGGGGUGCCACGUUGCGCACUACCUGCCGCACCACACGCUUGUGGUGGUGGGGCCCGCCGAGGCGGCAGACGCGGUGCAGCAGCACGAGCACGUGCUGUGGCUGGGCCUGCACGAGCAGCGGGACAAGCUGGCGCCAGAGUGGCGGGGCCUGCUGCAGCAGCUGGAGCAGCUGGCGCCGCAGCUAGAGCGGUUGGCCGCCCUGGGCCGGAGCGCGGGCGCCAACGCCACGCAGGCCGCCGCAGAGGCGGCAGCGGCGCUGCGAGACUCGCUGCCGGCAGCUUCUGAAUGGAAUGCCGCCGCCGGGCAGCUGCUGGUGGGUGCAGUGGUGGCCUUCCCCGGCCUUGCAGGGCCCACGCCCAAGCGCGCCGCCGCGGGGCCGGUGGAGCACCAGCAGCGCUCGCGGCGGGUGGCGCUGGAGCGGGAGCGCCGCGACGCCGGCGCCGCCGCGGCUGCCGACUGGGCGCCGCCGCUGCUGCAGCGGUUUGGGGCGCGGGUGCGGCGCGGCAGCGCAGACGCCGCCAUAGUGCUGGCACCGGCGCAGCGGCUGGCGGAGGUGCUCGACUGGCUGGCGCAGCGCCCCGCCACGCACUGGGUGGCGCCCGCACCCAAGAUGCGGCUCAACAACAUCCGCGCCAGCACCAUCUCUCAGUCUGCCCAGCCCAGCUCAUCGGGCUCUUCAGGCAUAGACGCCGCCUACCACCCCAUCUGGGCGGCAGGCAUCACGGGGCAGGGCCAGGUGGUGGGGUGCGGAGACAGCGGCAUAGACCGCUUCCACUGCUUCCUGUCCGACCCCGCGUUUGACGGCAGCGACCAGUGGCAGGCGUCGGUGACGCUGCAGGACGGCAUCCGCACUUUGGACUCCACUCAGCACCGCAAAAUCAGGUACCACCGCGCCUAUGGCGACACCGAGGACUCCAACGGCCACGGCACGCACGUGGUGGGCACGCUGGUGGGCAUGCCCUACGGUACCACCCUGGCGGAGGAGGCGGCGGAGGGGUACAUCGGCAUGGCGCCAGACGCCAAGGUGGCAUUCAUAGACCUGGCUGACAGCAGCAGCGACAAGAUCUUCACGCCCUCCGACCUUAUCGGCGGCUACUUUGGCUUCACCUCCGCCGGCAUCGCGGCCGGGCGGGUGCGCUUGGGCGGGGUGGGCACCCCCACCUCCAUCCCCGUCAUGGCCAUCACGCGCCGCAUCGGGCAGCAGCUGGCGGACGCCGUGGGGGCGGGCAAGGCGCUGACCAUCUCCUUUGCGCAGUCCACCGCCCCGGCACACAGCUUCGAGAACCUGGCCUCAUACUCGUCGCAGGGCCCCACCCUGGACUACCGCGUCAAGCCCGACAUUGUGGCCCCCGGCACCAUCACCUCCGCACUGGUGGGCGACGGCAGCGCCCAGGACUGCGGCGUCACCACCAUGGCGGGCACCUCCAUGGCCACCCCCGUCACCGCCGGGUCCGCUCUGCUGCUGCGCCAGUACUUCGCAGACGGCUUCUACCCCUCUGGCAGGAAGAACCCCGGCGACUCCGUCAGCCCCUCUGGCGCCCUGCUCAAGGCCGUGCUGCUGGGUGGUGCGGCCACCAUUGGCGGCUUUGAGGCCGACACAGGGCUGCCCGUCGACCCUCCCCCCUCCUUCCGCCAGGGCUUUGGCCGCGUGUUCCUGGGCAACUCGGUCUACCUGGCGGAUACGCCCGGCAGCAGGCCGCUGCAGGUGGUGGACGGGGUGCCCAUCAACCAAGGGGAGACCCACUCCUACUGCAUCCGCGCCAACGGCGGCCCCCUCUCCAUCACCCUCGUGUGGACAGACUACCCCGCCUCCCCCAUGGCCGAGAAGGCUCUGGUGCACGACCUGGACCUGACGGUGCGGGCGGCGGGGCUCAACGGCAUCCCGCUGCUGGGCAACGGCGGCUCGGUGGCCGACCCCAACACCCCCGACAGGGAGAACAAUGUGGAGCAGGUGGCUCUGUCGUCUAUGCCGCCCGGCCUCGUCUCCGUCACCGUGUCUGGCUUCACCAUAGUGGAUGCGGCGGGCACGCCGCAGUACGCUCUGGUGGUGAACGGCGACUUCAACGGCACGCUCACCAAGCCCGGCACCGGCAACGACAACCCGCAGUGCACCAUCCUGGUGGCAGCCAUCUCUGCCGGCCCCAACGGCAUCACCUCCCAGAACCCAGUGGAGUUUGACUUUGGGGUGCAGGGAGGCAGCAGCGCAGGCAUCAAUUUUGAGUGCCGGCUGGCGGACAGCACCGGCAACCUCACCUCGCCCACCAACCACGACUGGCGGGACUGCGUGUCGCCCACCCUGUACGCCUCCCUCCCAGACGGCGCCUACCAGUUUGCCGUGCGGGCAAAGGGAGAGGACAUUGCCACCACCCAGAACUUUGUGCUGGACACGACGGCGCCCAUGGUGAGCUUUGCCGCCGACUCGCUUCAGAGCGGCGCCGCCACCCCCGAGCCCACCGCCAACCUGACCUUUGACGGCAGUGACGCCACCGGCGUCUCCUUCACGUGCACCCUGUCCGCCAGCGGUACCGUACCGCUGCAGCCAGAGGUGUACAGCGGCACCACCAAGAUGAACAUGCAGCAGGUGACCCUGGGCCAGGCCUACAACUGCACCAGCCCCCAGGUGCUGCACUGGCUGCUGCCGGGCACCUGGGCCUUCUCGGUGGUGGGCGCCGACCCGGCCGGCAACACGGCGCCGGCGCAGCAGGUGGAGUGGACCGUGGAGUAUGCAGAGGCGGCGGGCAUGUACACGCGCUUCCUCAGCGGCCCCUUUGGGCUGCAGCCCAAGGAGAACAUGACCUUCACCUUCACAGACCUGGAUUCGGCUGGGCAGGCGGCGCAGGUCUUCUCCGCGCACCAGUGCUGGCUGGAGGCGGUGGGAGGUGCCUCUGCGGCGGCAUACGUCGACUGCACCAGCCCCGUGGCGCUGCCCGCAGACACCAAGGAUGGCUCUUACCACUUCCACGCCCGCGUGGCUGGCGCCAAUGGCGCCGCUGGCACCGAGGCGCUGUCCACGUUUGAGGUGGACUCGGUGCCGCCUGAAGUCAGCAUUGCAGAGCCCCCCGGCGCCCCCUCGUCCCCCAUGCUGCGCUCCAACGCCACGUCGGUUGCCUUCAACUCCAGCGAGGAGGGGGUGUCCUUCUACUGCGGGCUGUCGCGGAGCGAUCCCGGCGCCCCAGCGCCGGCGGCCCCUGAUGCAAGCGCCUACUAUUGGUGCACAUCCCCGGCUGCCCUCACCAACCUGACAGACGGCAACUAUAUGUUUGCCGUGUACGCUGUGGAUGGUGUGGGCAACCAGGGCAAGCCCGCCACCUCUACAUUUCUUGUGGACAUCACGCCCCCCGCCUUCUCAGACAUCAACGUACCCACCGCCACCGCCCAGCCGGAGAUAACCGUCGCCUUCACCGCCACUGACUCUGGGUCUGGCAUCAACAACGUCACCUGCCGCUUCCGCUCGCUCUCCCUGGCGGACGGCAGCCCUGCGGCGGUCGCCGACCAGGGCGACGAUUCGGAGGAGGAGUCUGACUGGCAGCUGUGCACCAGCCCACAGAAGUACAGCGGGCUGCAGGAGGGGCGGUACGGGGUGACGCUGCGCGCCUCGGACAAGGCCGGGCUGGCCUUCCAGACGGAGGAGAUUGAGGUCUUUGUGGACUUCACACCCCCCACAGUCAGCACCGACGGCCUGCCGCCACUCGGCGAGCCGGUUGCCUCCUCUGUCACUUUCCACCUGGCGGAGCUGACCAGCGACCCCGCCGACUCCUACUCCAACAUCUCGCUGUACCAGACGCUGGUGGAGACGGUGCCAGACGAGGCCACAUUCGGCAACCUGCAGCUGGCCAUCCAGGGUGGCGACGCGCCCACCACCGGCGGCUCCUCUGUCACCAAGACGCUCAACGGCACCGGCGCGCUUGGCCGCCGCCGCCUGCUGGUCGAAAGCGGCUCUGGCGGCGCCGAUGCCACCACUGUGCCGUCCAGUGCUGUGGGCAGCUGGGCCAACUGCACUGCAGAGUGCACUUACGAGGGCCUCUCCACCGGCUUGUACAGCAUCCGGGUGCGGGCUGUCGAUGCUGCAGGCAAUGUGGGCAACGCCACAGAGAAGUAUCCGUUUGAGGUGGACUCCUCCAUCGGCUCCACACCCUUCCCCACCUGGGCCAUCAUCGCCUGCGCAGCGGGCGGCGCGCUGGCCCUCGGCACGCUCGCAUACUUCCUUUGGCGGUGCUGCUGCGCGGCACCACGCCGCACCAGCGGCGCACCGCCCCAAGGCGCCAUGCACAGCCCUGCAGCGGCCAGCAGCACCUACACGUAUUCGCCCGGCAGCCGCGCCUACACACCCUACAGUCAGGGGUACUCUCCAGGCAAUGGCGGCAGCGGCGCUUGGGGUUAUGGCGCUCAGCAGCCGCCCUAUGCAGCCAACGGCUACUAUGCCAACGGGCAUGCCAACGGCCACGGCGUCAACGGACACCCUCCCGGCAGCGCCGAGGCCCUGGGCAUCACCCCACACACAGAUCCCAUCGAGGCCCAGCAGCUGGCGCUGGCGGCAGCCGCUUCUCAGCGCGAAGCUGCUCGGCGCCAGCCCUCACGCACACCUUCUCGCGCUCCCUCGCAGCAUCACCACCUGCCGCCUGGCGCGGCCGCGCCCCGUCCGCUGGACGAGGAGCGGCAGGUGCGCCUGGCCAUCGACGCGUCGUUGCAGGAGCAGCAGGCACGGACGCGACGGGAAGCGGAGGAUGCUGACCUGCGGGCGGCCAUCGAGGCCUCGCUCAGGGAGCAACACUCGCGGCGCCAGUCAGGGCAGGAUGGCUGGGCCAAAUUCAGCUCCUGA